ACGAGACAGCGAGAGCUCAGGGAGUGGCGGCGCAGACGCAGACGGGAAGGUGUGAGGGUUUUACCCUCCUUGGUUCCCUCUCGACCUCGAGCUCUGUUAAUCCCUGCCAGUCGGCUUUCGAAGUUAGAGAGACAAGGGGUAAGAAACUCAGCUCUCCCAGGGAGGCGCCGGGCCUCCCACCCCAUCAUAUACACCCCCUCCCACUCCCACCCCAUCUCCUGCACGUGGUUGGAGGCCGAGGUCGAGGAAAGAGAUGGCAGAGCCCGAGCGGCCGCCGAUGACCCUUCUUGGGGGCCCCGUUGAAGGGGAGGGAGCCACCGAGAUGGGCUCGGAUACGAAUACAUUGGAGCCGGCGCCUUCCACCGCAGUCUCCCCGGGAUCCGAGGAACCUCCCGGCGACGCCAAGAAAAAAAUUGAUAUUCUGUUAAAGGCUGUUGGAGACACCCCUAUAAUGAAAACAAAGAAGUGGGCUGUGGAACGAACCCGAACUAUUCAGGGUCUCAUUGAUUUCAUCAAAAAGUUCCUUAAACUUGUGGCUUCUGAACAGUUGUUUAUAUAUGUGAAUCAGUCCUUUGCUCCUUCACCAGACCAAGAAGUUGGAACACUUUAUGAGUGUUUUGGCAGUGAUGGUAAGCUGGUCCUGCAUUACUGCAAAUCUCAGGCAUGGGGAUGAUCUAUAUGGGGAUGACAGUAAGAACCACUUCUCCAAAAAGGAGGCACAGCACUGAGAGACUUUGUGUCCAAAAACAUGUUGGAAAGAAAUGAAUGUGAUCUUCUGCUCUCUACUUACAAAACACUCUAUACUCUAUACAUACUGCUAAAUGUAACAUACUAUUAGUCAUGCAAAUCAUUAUUACAAAGUUAAUUUGUAUUACAUUACAUUAUUACAAAGUUGAAAGAAUAUACCCAUCUUGCUAGUGUUGCAAAAUGUCUUGGCUACUGUUUUCAUAAUGACAAACAAUGUAUUCUUAACUUCCUUUUGAUAAAAAGGGGUUUUUAAAUACUCAUUUGUACAGGGAAAUCCAAUGUGCUUUAGUUUAAAAUAUUCUUUCUCAUAUUACAUCUCCUGGGCAAUCUUCUCUUUAAACAUCUGUACAAGAAGAAUAAAAUUAUUUCAGUUUGUAUAGGCCAGAAGAGGGUAGCCUAAUAUGCAAAAGAGAAAAGAAUAGCUAUUGGCAUCUCUAUUUAAUGUCUUCAUUGCCACAGUGACACUGAGAUUUUUUAAAAUAUCCUGUUAAUAACUGGCACUUAUCCAGCAAACGGAACAAGCAAUUUGGAUAGCUACAAGACUAACUUAUGUAUUUAUUAUGUUAUAAGUUCAUUUAAGACAUCAUAGGACUUUGCUAAAUUCUCUUAUUAUUCUCUUUUAUUAAAUCUUAUUUAGAAUAAAUAGAUCAUCCAGAUUUUUUUAGCCUCAAUAUUUAAUGGUAAGUACACAGUGGUUCAGUACUGAAUAUUUACUUAUACAGUGCCAAAAACACUUUGUACAUAACUAUGGCAACCUUUUUAUUAUUUUCAUUUUUGCUGAAUUUGAUUCUGGAGGGCUAUAAUCAGUCUCUUGCCUCAUCUAUGUUUCAUGUUACUCCUAAAAGUUUCAUUUUUCCAUUAAUUUAGACCAUUUUUCUUCCCUGCAUUUACCAGAUAGUUUUUUUUUUCAACUGACAUUCUAGUAAAUUGAAUGAAAUUAUAUAUCACUUCAAAGUAUCCACUGUGAGCAUAAAUGGAUUAGAUUUUCAUAAAUUUUACCAUUACACUCAUUUCAAUGUUAUUCUAGUGAUAUGUCUUACAUGAACAUUAGGGGGUGCUAUUGAAUAACAUUGUAAGCUGUGCCCUUUUUUCUGUCUAACUAAAGAUGAAGUCUUCUGUUUUCUCCACAUUAAAGACCCUACUUAAUGUGUUUGUUGAUCUAAAAA